AUGUACACACUUGGAUAUGGAUUGUGGAAGCAUUUCAUGCAGAAGAAGGACUUUUUCAUCGUGAUUAUUGGCUUGGAUAAUGCUGGGAAGACCACUUUUCUUGAACAAACGAAAAUGAAAUUUACUGAAGGCUAUCAAAUGCUAAACCCUUUGAAAAUAACGAGCACAGUUGGUUUAAAUAUUGGAAAAGUUGAAUUGGGUCCAUUGCGACUGAAUUUUUGGGAUUUAGGUGGUCAAGAAGAACUUCAUUCAUUGUGGCAGAAAUAUUUUGAAGAUUCACAUGCGAUGAUCUUCGUUAUAGAUGCUUGCGAUGUCGAUCGUUUGUCUGAUGUGAAAACUGCUUUUGAUCGUGUGAUGAACUGUGAGGCAGUUCAGCGAAUGCCAAUUCUGAUCGUUUGUAAUAAAUGUGAUUUAGAAGAAUGUAUUGAAGCCGAAUGUAUUCGUAGGCUUAUUUCAGACGAUCGACAUCGAGGUGAUUUUGCACUCAUACAAGUUUCCGCUCUUCAAGGUCUUAAUAUAGAUCGUUGUAUCAAAUGGUUGUGUACCGUUCUCACUAGUGAUAUAUCCUUCAUUAUCGAUAAUGGUAAUUCCAACUAA